UUUGGAAGUUUGGGAUAGCUUCCGACCUCUCUGGAAGCACGGUUGAUGGUGAAGCUUGUGCGAGGGGUCUUCAAGGACGAUGCUGAAUAUUCCGAAGCAGAAACCCGAAAUCCAUUUUGAUUUCCAGUUCAAUCACUCUUUCUUUCUUCAGGCACCAAAGAUUCUGCGGUUCUUUUUGCUGGAUUGUUGUUCUAAUGUCAUGCCAAAAUGACAGUCUGUACUCCCAUCACUACAUGCUCCAAAAAUGUGGUCUGCUUAAUUAAAAAUGUCCAAAGACAGAUGGUUAUUCAUGUUUCCGAUGCCUUUGUUCUGUCGCCGUAUAAUUGCUGCGCGUAUGGCAAGCAUUCGAGAUUGCAUUAUGCUACCAUCUGCCCAUCUUCUCGUUUGUCUAUAAAUGGAUUUCAGGCAUUUCAGAGUAAUUGUUUCAGAUUCGUAGGUGGAGGUGAACAUAGCAAAAGUUGCAAUUCGUUGUCAUUUAAAAGUUUAGUUAAUCGUAAACGGCGUCGGAGGACUCACAUUAAUGUUUCAACUGGAUGGGAGAACAUGAAUUUGAGACUUUUGAUGCCUAAACAAACAAAUACAUCCAAAUUUAGGUGUAGUGUUGGACCCUUCUUUUGGCAGCAACAGCGUAGUGUAUCUGCAGGGCUUUUUCUAGGAUUGUUGGUUUGUUUUUGUACUCCUCAACCUUCAUAUGCUGAAGUAUUUGAUGGAGACGAAAGGAAGGAAGGAUGUUGCGAGGCUUCUGCUAAGAAGGAAGUUUUGACAGACUACUCGGUGAUUGGCAUACCUGGAGAUGGAAGAUGCUUGUUUCGCUCUGUUGCCCAUGGAGCCUGUGUACGAGCAGGAAAGCCUCCUCCGAGUGAGACAAACCAAAGGGAACUGGCAGAUGAAUUGCGUUCUAUGGUGGCUGAUGAAUUCAUCAAGAGACGGAAAGAAACCGAAUGGUUCAUUGAAGGGGAUUUUGACACAUACGUUUCACAAAUGAGGAAGCCGCAUAUAUGGGGAGGCGAACCGGAGUUACUGAUGGCUUCUCAUGUCCUCCAGAUGCCGAUUACAGUGUACAUGCACGACAAAGAUUCUGGCGGCCUGAUCUCCAUUGCUGAGUACGGGCAGGAGUACGGUAAGGACAAUCCUAUAUUAGUCCUCUAUCACGGCUACGGUCACUACGAUGCGCUGCAUGUUCCUGGUAAGGGUGGGACACGGCCGAGGCUGUGACAUUCCGGCCGGAAUGGCUGUGAUCUAAUUUUACUAGUUAGUACACAGCAGAUGACUUCUAGCAGACUUUGAAGUAUACAAAAUAUACAUUGAUUUGUUGUACCUUUUCCAUUUGUAAUAGUUGUUGUCUUAGCUGAUAAAUUCUUUCUAAUAUACAGCGCCUAUGCGUUUCUUGUUUAUAUAUAAAUAUAUAUUUAUUUAUUUA